GCGUCCGAAGCCAUGAUGCAUGUAGUGUGUGUGUGCUGCAGCUGGAGUGGGCCCCAGACCAGAAAAAAGUGGUAAAGAAUCUACCUCACUGGGAAUGUCAUCGUUACCAACUUCAGAUGGAUUUAACCAUCCAGCUCAUUCUUUGGGACAGAGUCCUGAGAUUGAUAGUCCUCCGAGUCUUGCUCGCUCUGUCUCUGCUUCAGUCUGCCCUAUCAAGCCCAGUGACCCAGAUAGCAUUGAAACUACAGCUGUGAAGGCUGUGAAGGCUUCAGCUGAGUUCCACAUGAAUUCUAAAGAGAAAGACACUCUUUCUCCACAGGAUCUUCCUGACCUCGCUCCCUCAGCAGACCAGACUCCAGUUAUGCCUUUGCAUAAUUUAUCUGAAGAAGCAGUCAUUACAGAUACUCUGCAGAAAUCUGAAAAAAACACCCAGGGCCUCGAAUUUUAUCUCCACACAAGACAGGAAGCUAGUUUAUCUGUCACAACUACUACCAUGCAUGAAUCACUGACAUUUGUAGGUGAAAAGAAUUGGCACCCAGAAAAUCAGAGCCUGAGUCAAAUGAAUGGCCUUCAGCAGCACCACGAGCCAGGGAGUGAACAGCAUGAGGUGGCACAGCAGAGAGCUCCAUGGGACAGAGGACACCUCUGUGACAUGGGGGACCUUGAGCUUCAUGAGGAAAGACAAGACCAGCCCAAAUUUGCUGAUAUGGAAGCUGCAAUGAAAGAAGCUGGGCAUCAAGAGAGUGUCCUUCCAGGUGCAGGAUGCUCUAGCUGCUCUGAUGCAGACAUUCUGAUGGAAGUAGAUGUCGUUGAACAGUCCCUAACUACUGUGCUUGAUUCAGCAGGCCAUGUGAGCACCGGGAUCAAGAACACUGAGGUAUCGGAUCUUGUCUCAGAUAGUCUUUCAAUGGAAGUAGAACCAGCAAAACAAGACUCCUCAGAAAGUUUCAGUGAUUCCAUCUGCACUCAGGAUUUGCAGCCAGCUGGAAUUAAUGUUGAAAUGUCUGGAACAAAUAAAGAAUGUGGCAAUUACUCCCCCUCUUUAAGUUAUCAGCCCUCCAUGGAAUCAGAAGAAUCUUGUUCAUCUGUAACAGCAGCCUUGAAAGAACUUCAUGAACUUUUGGUCAUCAGUAGUAAGCCAGCCUCAGAAAAUGCAUCUGAGGAAACUACCUGCCAAUCAGAAACAGUAGCUGAGCGCCAAACAAGUAUUGAGGAUCUAUCAGAAAAGUGGAUCCAGUGUGAGCAUCUGACCCACUGUGACCAGUGUCCUCAAGUCUCCUGUCACCAGGCCAGUUCUGGUGGCCUAUCAGUGAAGACAGGAAACUUAGGCUUAGAAGAUGGAGAAAAUACUUGCUUUGGAGGUCCAGGUGGCGAUCAGUCAGCUGACAAGGAGGGGGUCCCCAGGUCUAGGGGGUCAAUAAGCGAGAGGAAUUCUGAUACUGUAACUUCAACUAAAUCAUCUAACCAAUUACACUGCACCUUAAGUAUUGUCCCUGGUGAAGGGGGUGAGGGGGGUGCACUCAGUCAGACUUCUGAGCAAAGUAAGUCUUUGCCCUCCGGUUUCAUACUGGUUAAGGACUUGGGUCAGGGUAGACAUAAUCCAGCAACAGCCAGGCCUGAAACUGGAGAAAACAUCUCUCCUGAAGCUACAAGGUCAUUUCUUGAAUUGGAACCACCUUCCAGCCAGCCACCAUCAAGUCCCUCCACUCUUCCACCAUUCAUCUUUCCUGCUGCAGAUAUUGACCGGAUUCUCCGUGCAGGCUUUACUUUGCAGGAAGCACUUGGGGCUUUACAUCGAGUUGGUGGAAAUGCAGACCUUGCACUUCUUGUUUUGCUAGCAAAGAACAUUGUAGUUCCUACAUAACUAUGGGAAAUGGGCUAGACCGUACUUCAUUCCCUUACACAAACAAAGCUCUAUAUACACACAUACACACUCACCACAUACACAGUAUAUGUAGAAACCUGCAAGCAGAAUGUUGAGCCAGACUUUUUUUUUUUAAGAUUUUUUUUUUUUCCGGCCAAAGUAAUUUAUGAUCUCUUGUCUGAUGAUUUUUUUUGUCUAUUCUACUUGUUAAGAUUUGGGCCUUUUUAAAUGUAUUGGCAGUUAUGUGCAUACAAAAGCUUUUUAUUCUCAUUAAGAUGAUGUAUUCUGGAAUAAAAUGAAUGGUUUUGUG